UGGAAGCCUUUGCAAGGCUUGAAGAGACGCCUCCCCAAAAACACUUCCGAGCUUCUCUUUCCCCUCUCUCUCCUCCCACCUGCAACGAAACUGCUUUGCCACCUGAGCCAGUGAAGAGAUCGGGGUUUGCCAUGGUGGGAACGUCGUGCUCCUCAUCGUCCUCUUGCGCUUCGUUCGGCUCCUUCGACGCGGACGCCGCGGCCGCCAAGCGUUCCCCCACCGCCGCCACCAUCAAGUUCCUCUGCAGCUACGGCGGCAAGAUCCUCCCCCGGUACCCCGACGGCAAGCUCCGCUACAUCGGCGGCGACACCCGUGUGCUGGCUGUCGACCGUUCCGUCCCCUUCUCAGAGCUGCAGGAGAAGAUGAGGGAGAUGUGCGGGUGGGUCGCGGUCAGCCUCCGCUGCCAGCUGCCGACGGAGGACCUUGACGCGCUCGUGUCGGUCAAGUCCGACGAGGACCUCGCCAACAUCAUGGAGGAGUACGAUCUCGCUGGCCGCGAGAAGAUCCGGGCCUUCUUGUUCCCCCCAUCGUCCAAACCGAGAAGCCCCACCCACCCAGCGGCGACGGCCACGGCGCUGCCCAGCGGCCGGCCCUGGAUACUCUCCGAGAAACGCUGCAUCCACCAGAUCUCUGAUCCGAUGAGGUAUCCUGGCCGGUACGGUAAGUCCGGCGCCAUAUCCUCAGGAGAUAUACGUUACCGUGCCCAUCACCACCAUCCCCAACAUCACCACCAUCACCAUCAUCUCCAUGGCCACCAUGCGAUUCCAAAGCCGUGCAACUAUCUCGUGCAUCAAGGAAGCCAGUGGCAGUAGUAGUACCACCGCCACCAAGGAGAAGAACUCGAGGUUGCUUCGUGGUGCGGUGAACCGUUUCAUCGCGGGACCAUGUAUUUUUGUUGGCACCCGCAAUCGAUGCGCCGGACACAACAAGUUCAUACAUCACAUCUACUUGGACAUACCGAAACACAAAAAGACGUUUAUUUUCAUCUUAAAAUGAUAGUAAACGAAUUCUUUUAAUUUAUAUCACUAUAAUUUAUCAAAUACUGCUUUAUAUAGCAUCCAUACGAUCAAUAAUUUUUUUUCCUGUUUUCAGAGACAAAAAUAGCUCUUAUUUUAUAGAAAAACAAUGCUGAUAAAUAUUUUAAAGUGUUUUUUAGAUUCUUAAUUUACUUGGAAAUUGGCCAGGAUUGAGCAGGUCUGCCGCUUACUCUGGCUUUAUCCGUGUGGUCAAAGCCUGUGAGUGUGACCUUUGAUCCAACUAUUUUUAUUAAAAUUAUGUAAAAUUUUGAAAAGCUCGAUUAACUAAUAAUUUUUAGAGACAUUAGUAUAUGAUUUUUUAAAUAUAAUAGAUAGCAACAUUUUUGCAUUCAAAAUUUUUAUUUGAUUGCUUCCCGAACCUACUCGAGUCAACGACGCCAAUUUUUGUGUUUUUAAUAUGAGUCAAUAAUUAUUGAAUACAAUAAAUUUGUAAGAUAUUAGUUGGUAGAGGUACCCAAGAGAAUGGCAAUGGAAACUUAUGGACCGUGUGAUUGUACUGAGGAGGAGGUUGGCUUGACUAUUUCAUCGGUAGGGUAGUAACGCUGUCGCUGUUAUGAAUGGUGAACACGCCAUUUGUUGAAUUUGGAAGAAAUAUUUGUUCAUAUUAA